AACGGCUCUAUGCCACUGCUUUUAAACUAAGCAUCCAUUUACAAACUCUUCUCAUUUUCCUCUUCCAACAAAAGAAACCCAUCAAUGGCAUAUAAAUGUUCUUCUUCUCGCCUUACCCCCUCUGCCCCUUUCUUUAGCCAUGUCUCCAACAAACGUGAACCAUUUUCUUUCUUCUACAAACCACCCACGAGCAAUAUCAUCCCCUGCUGCACCACAUAUGAUUCUCCCUCCUCCUCCUCCUCAUCGUCGUCGCCGGCAGCCUCCUAUAACCCUCUUAAUCGCAGGCCGUUCGGUGGAGCUUCUUCUCCUGAAAUUUCCCGCCACUGGGUUGAAGCUGAUCAACCAAAUGCAUACCAAGGUGAACGGUUUACUGUUGUGUCAUAUAAUAUAUUAGCAGACAGAAAUGCUUUGAAACACAAGGAUUUGUACACAGAUGUUAACCCUCUUUAUCUGAAGUGGGCACAUAGGAAAAAGCUUAUUUGUGAUGAAUUAAUUGGAUUAAACCCUGAUAUCAUUUGUUUGCAAGAGGUGGAUAAGUAUUUUGAUUUAUUGAUGGUUAUGGAGAAAGCUGGAUAUGCUGGUACUUUCAAGGGACGAACAGGAGGUAAUGUUGAUGGUUGCGCCAUGUUCUGGAAAGCUGAUAAAUUGCGUUUAUUAGAAGGAGAAAGCAUUGAAUUCAAGGCACUUGGUCUUCGGGAUAAUGUUGCCCAACUCUCUGUUUUUGAGACUUGCAAAGCUGAACCAAGAAGAUUAUUGGUUGGUAACAUCCAUGUGCUUUAUAACCCGAGUCGAGGAGAAGUUAAAUUAGGUCAAAUUCGUAAUCUUUUGUCAAGGGCGCAGAUCCUUGCAGAGAAAUGGGGUGAUGUACCAGUAAUUCUUGCUGGUGAUUUCAAUAGUACUCCUAAGAGUCCAAUAUACGAGUUCUUUGCUUCAUCUGAGCUAGAUGUAAUGUUAUACAGCAGAAGAGAGAUGUCUGGACAAAGGAAUUGUCACCCUCCCCAAGUUUUUGGUGUUGAGAAAGAAAUGAGCAAUCCGUUAUCUUUGAUGGAAGGAUUUCUGAACUGCUGGAGUGACGAGGAGCUUAAAACUGCAACUGGCGACAGCAACUAUAAUUUAGUUACACAUGCUUUGAAGCUUAAGAGCUCCUAUGCCACAGUCAAGGGAUCUACAAGAACAAGGGAUUUAACUGGAGAACCAGUAGCAACUUCCUACCACUCAAAAUUUCUUGGCACGGUUGACUAUCUAUGGUAUUCAGAUGGUGUUGUACCUAUUCGAGUUCUGGACACUUUAUCAUUUGAUAUACUCAGGAAGACAGGAGGCCUUCCAUCCAAGGAGCUGGGAAGCGACCACUUGGCUUUGGUUUCUGAGUUUGUGUUUAUUCCCGGCGCCAGCGAAGGCAGCCACCUCAUCACUGACGAAUUGACCUGAAGUUUACAUUAUUAAGUGAAAUUUUAAUUAUAAAUUCUUUUUAACACAAUGAGUUUUUUUAGAGGAAUUUACACCAUUUAUCAAAAAAAUAAAAAUAAUUUAAAAAAUACCUAUUGACUUUUUUCA